GGGCGGGCCCCGGCCGCCACUUCCCGCCCCGCCCCGCGCGGCUCAGGCGCGGCUCAGGCGCGCGGCGGGCAGCUCAGUGCGGGCAGCGGCGUCGCGGGGGCCUCGCCGCCGGGCCGGGCGCUCCCAAGAUGGCGGCGGGGCCGGCGCCGGUGGUGUGAGGCGGGAGCGCGUCGUUGCCGCCGCCGCCCGCGCGUCCUCACCUACCCCCUUCUCUCCCUCUUGCCCCGCGCCCCGGUCCCGCUCCCCGCCCCGCAGCCGGCGGGAUGCUGAGAUCCACUGGCUACUUCCGCGGCAUCGACUGCCCCUUCCUCAGCGCCGGCGGGCCGGGGCCGGGCGGGGGCCCUCCGUGCCGCCGGCCCUACUGCCACUUCCGGCACCCCCCGGUGGCGGCGGCGGCAGCGGCGCGGUGCGGAGCCUCUGGCGGCCCCGGCGCGGGGCUGGCCCUCGGCCACGGCGCAGAGCGAGGAUAUGAUCCCUACAAUCCAGAGCUUCCGAGGCCCUCGCUGGAGGCGGAGGAUGGUACUCUGGCUGACAUUGCAGAUGUGACACCCGGUAUUCUGGAGCUGGAGCUGGUCAACAAGGCCAUUGAGGCAGUCAAAAACGAAGUUGAGAGAGAGCAGAAAAAGUAUGAGGAGCUGCUAGAAACAACCAAGGAGUUCAGUGCUUCAGAGGCCUCCUCACUCAUUUCGAAUACACCCAUAUCGGCUGCUGGGACACAAAAUGAUUCAUUUACCUCCUUAGAGUAUAAUCCAGGUAGCUACAGCUUUAAUAAUAACUCUGACUACAACCCUACUCCUCUUGCUGCUGCUAGCCAGUCAAGUAAAUACACUUUGGAUACUUCCCGAUCUAAAGGUAGCUCGCUGGAAUAUGUUCCCAAGUCUGUAGUACAGAAUAAGAAAUACAGUAGCACUGUCACUAACAAUAAAUAUGUGAUUGAUGACUCUAAGCCUUCUACAGACUUGGAAUAUGACCCACUUUCAAAUUACUCAGCCAGGCUUUUGAGCAAAGCCACAACAAAGGACCCAAAAGGGUCUAAAAGGGGUAGGGUGCCCAGUUAUGAGGAAUCUUACUCUCCUUCACGGAAGAAGCUCUGUGAAGUACCCGAUGACUAUGAAGUGUGUGCCAGGUUCUCUUCCUCUGAAGAUGAGGCUGAUGUGGAAUAUAAACCAACUUCCGUUAGUUCACAAUCAAAAGCCGGUUCUGAAAGUGAGUCAAACGACGGGUUAUCCAACAAAGAGCAGAGCACCAAACUGGAUGGCGCUGCUUCCCAGGAUAGCAAAGAAGCGGCAGUGCAGUAUGGUGGGGAAGACCUUCCAAGUUCACAGAAAAAUCUUGCCAAAAACUUAUCAGACAAGAAUGCAAAAGCAGGGAAAUUGUGUUCUGGUAAGAAUGACCAGGAAAUUGAAAAUAAAAACAAAGACUCAAAAGACAAAACAAAAAGGAAGAAAUCAGAUGUUAGUAAACCUGGCCUCAGUGAUGUUGGUAAGAAGGAGAAGAGUAAAAAUACAGGAAAAGUGCUCAAGAAAGAAGAUAAAUUAAAAACCAAGAAUGAAGAGAAAAACUGCAAAGAUAAAAGUGUCAGACUGAAAACGGAUGGGAAUUUAAAGAAACCUGAAAAACAGAAGUCAGAAAAAGUGGAUGGGCUUAAGAAAGAAAAAUCCAAGUCUGCCAGCAGUAGUUCAGGGAAAAGCAAGAGCGAGAGUGUCGUCAAAGGCUCUAGCCCAGAGAAGCUGGGGAGCAGCAAGAAAGACUCCAAGCUGAAAACAGAUGAUGUGAAGAAUGGUAAGGAAACUUCUGGUCGUAAAAACAAAGAGAAAGGGACCAAGACUUCAGCACUAGAGCGAAAGAAAGAAAAGGUCAGUUCUACAGGAAAAGGAGAUCUGAAGAAGGGUCAGAAGCAGCAGAGUUUGAGUCACGUUGACCUGUUUGGCGAUGAGAGUGGAGAUGACGAUGACAAAGGCCGGCCUUUGCCAUCCACAUUACUUGACGUGAGCUCAGACGGUGAAGACUGUGGUUCAGAGUCUGAGAGUGAAAAUGAAGGGACAAAGAAAGUGAAACGCUCUAAAUUGUCGAAGUCGUCAUCGUCAUCUUCCUCGACAUCUGAUGACAUUGAUUAUUCCAUCCUUGAGAAGGACUUGGACUUUGAGACAGAUCCAAUGGAAGAGUGUCUCAGGAUUUUUAAUGAAUCUACAGAUGUGAAAACUGAAGACAAGGGAAGACUGGGGAAACAGCUAUCCAAAGAGGAAGGAAGCGAAGAAAAGACGGAAGAUAAUUUAACUACCUUGUUUCCUGGCCAAAAAAGAAGGAUCUCUCAUCUUGUCAAACAAGGAAAUGCAGAGGUCCCGAGCAAGCCCGUAAUCCGGCCGUACCGUCCCCCCACUGCUCAGGAGGUCUGUUACCAGAGGAUCCAGCUGGCUCAGCAGCAGGCGGCACAGCUGGCUGUGGCCGUUCAAAAGGCCUCUCUUUCUUUGCCAGGAGAAAAGAAGAGGAUUGCUCACGUGCCAAAUGUAGCCCUUUCCACAGCAGCCAAACAAAGCCUCGUGAGUACCAAGACGACUGUUGCUGGUAGGAGUGUCACACCUUCCAAUGACUCUGAAGCACCCACCCUUUCUCUGAAGGCUUGCACCUUAGCUGGGAUGGCUUCAAAGACCACCAGCACCAUUGUGCCGAAAAGGAUAGCACACGUUCCCUCCUUACAGAGCGCCAGCUUACAGAGGCCUGUUAUUCCCACAGAAUUUGGUGCUAAAGUCCCGACAAACAUUCGUCAAAGAUAUCUCAAUCUCUUCAUUGAUGAGUGCCUGAAGUUCUGCUCCUCCUCUCAGGAAGCGUUUGACAAGGCUCUGUCAGAAGAGAAGGUGGCUUAUGAACGUAGCACCAGUCGCAACAUCUACCUGAAUGUGGCAGUGAACACCUUAAAGAAGCUCCGAAGCCUAGUGCCCAAUUCCCCGUCCAGUACGAACAAGACAAGUAACAAGAAAGUGGUGUCCCAUGAAGCUGUGCUGGGAGGGAAGCUUGCUGCUAAGACAAGCUUUACUCUGAACCGGUCAGGGAGCUUGAGAGCAGAGGAUUUAACAGGAGCUGCCUUGUACCGGCGACUAAAGGAGUAUCUCAUGACUGAGGAGCAGCUAAAGGAAAAUGGUUACCCAAUGCCUCACCCAGAGAAGCCCGGCCGAGCUGUCCUCUUCACUGCAGAGGAGAAGAAAACGAUUGACUCUUCCUGCAGGAUUUGUUGUCGCUGUGGCACUGAGUACAUGGUCUCAGCCUCUGGAAGCUGCAUUCGCAAAGAGGAGUGUGUCCAUCACUGGGGCAGGCUGCGCAAGCAGAGAGUGCCAGGUGGAUGGGAGACACAUUACAGCUGCUGCUCAGGAGCUGUGGGUUCACCAGGCUGCCAGGUUGCUAAACAACACGUCCACGAUGGGCGAAAGGAGAGCCUUGAUGGCUUUGUGAAGACUUUCGAGAAGUUGCCUACAACUGAAGGCUACCCUGGAAUCUACGCGUUAGACUGUGAAAUGUGCUACACCAAGCAAGGACUGGAGCUGACAAGGGUAACUGUGAUCAACUCUGACCUGAAAGUGGUAUAUGACACCUUCGUCAAACCAGACACCAAGGUGGUGGACUAUAACACCAGAUUCUCAGGUGUGACAGAAGAGGACCUGGAGAACACUAGCAUCACCCUGCGGGAUGUCCAAGCCGUCCUACUGAACAUGUUCAGUGCAGAUACCAUAUUGAUAGGGCACAGCUUGGAAAGCGACUUAUUUGCACUAAAGCUUAUUCAUGGCACAGUGGUGGAUACUGCAAUCGUCUUUCCCCACCGGCUGGGUUUGCCUUACAAACGGGCUCUCCGGACGCUGAUGGCAGACUACCUCAAGCGCAUCAUCCAAGACAAUGUGGAAGGGCACGACUCCAGCGAGGAUGCCAGAGCUUGCAUGGAGCUGAUGGUCUGGAAGAUCAAAGAAGAUGCUAAAGUGAAACGAUGACUUGCGCUUUCUCUCUCUCCUGUUCCUCCUCCACCUCUUUGAAGCAGUGCAAUAAAUGCUCAGAGUAACACUGUCCACCUGUACGCAGCAGCAUGCUACCCCAGACUCCCCGUGCACUCACAGGUAUCUAUGGGACUUCAGAACUGCUGCUGGCAUAGCUGAACGGCACCAGCUCACUGCUUGCAGGUCUCUGUGUCCAGAUAGUGGCUCUCAGAUCCUCUUUGCUCCACCUGAGGGAUACUCUGUGGUAAACAAUUGCCUUGUAGGCAUGGCAAGGUGGUUUUGAGUAGCCCAAACAGAGAGAACUUCUUGGUUCCUAGGAGAAGCUUUUAGAGGUAGGUUGGGUAUGUGCAGAAGGAUCUUUCUGGUUCAGUUAAAGGUAGAUACUUGUGGUUUUUUUUCCCCAAAUGUAACUUAAAUUGCCUCUGUACUCCAAAGCUGGUAGAUUCCCGCAAUGUUUGGGGAUGGGGGAGGUGGAAGAAGGUUUGGCAGGAAGCUGUAAAGUGAGUGGAUUGCGUAGCUGGUGUGUGAAUGGCAAGCGAUGGGUGGCAAGAGCCAAGGAUCAAGCCAUCUGGAAGGAGAUGCUAGUGCAGUCCCACUGUGGAGGAGAAAGCCAGAGCUGCAGGAGAGGGAGGCUGUCUCUGAGAGCGCAUGGUGGGAGCAGCAGGUCGGAGAGGAAUGUGAUGGGGUCAAGGGAGUUACUGCCUGCUGCGAUCCAGGGGAUCUGUUCAGUGAGGGCUGGCAUCCUGGUUCUGCAGUCGCUGCAAAGGGGGGAAACCGCAAGUGUCAGCCCUUGCCUAGACCUCAGGGAGCCAUGUGUGUAGUGGUGGGGCCAGGACAAACUGGGCUCCCAGAGCCAAGCAGCAGCCUGCAGCCUUCCAGGAGAGGAGCUGUGCUGGGGAGGACAGUGGGAGGAGCAGGCAUCGUGUCUUUGUGGGUUUGGGCAAACUGUCCUUCCCUGAGCUUCCAGCAUGUCUCCAGCAAGCUUGUAUGUAGGGAUCAAGGUUUUGGGGGGGACCAAGGUGCAGGUGAGAUUGCAGUUAAGGGUGGCCCCUGCAGCCUGCAGGACUUGCCACCAGUCUGUUCCUGAUACCAGGGACUUGAUGCAGGCAAAAGCAAAAGCAAUAGGUACAAAUUCUUCUUUAAGAAGAGCAAAAGACCCUGUUAUUGUCUGUCUGGCCCCCUGGACAAAAGCAACUUGAGAGUGUUUCUCACACUCGUGGCAACGGGGGCAGGAGCGCAGGCAGCCUGGGUGGCUCUGGUGGUCUCUCUUCGCCCAGGCUCUGUUGCUGUCGGGGGGAACAACAGGGCAGAUCCAAGUGGUCCCUGAUAGAUGAGGGCUUUUAGCUGAGGUGCAGGCAGCGGCUCAGCCCUGUUACUAGAACAGCGAUCACCUCGCCCCUCCCCAGCAGGACUGGCAUUGCUUCCCUGUGGUGGCUGGUGUGGUGCUGGCCCCCGUCCCUGGCGCGAGCUGGCUGUGUUGCUCUGGUGGCAGCGGGGCAGGGCAGCUGCUGGGUUUUGGUUCUUCUUGGACCUGGGUCCGGCUUGCUGCUUUGUAGCCCUGCUGGCAGCGCUGGGCUCAGAGCCUGGGGCUGUGCCGUGUGGCCCCAGCACAUCCUGCUGACCUGUCCCACCUGGUGGCCAGCGCGGAGGUGGGGGCAGGGCUGGGCUGUGUGCCAUGUGCCAUGUGCAGGAUGUCCGGCUCGGGCCCCUCUGCGGGGGCUGGAGGGUGCUGGUGUGUGUGCGAGCCCUGGGGGGCUCCCUGCCCUGCUGCUGCCCUCAGGGGUGAGGAUGUGGCUCCAGUGCCUGACCUCUGCCAGGCCCUCCUGAAGCCACCAGGAGUCAUGGGGACUGCGAGGGCUCCUGUUCCUGCUGAGCCCUCCCGUGUUCCCUCUGGCAGGCAGUGGCGUGGGCUCCCAGCCUGGUGCUUACCCCAAAUUCAGGCCGCGCAGCUCCCUGCCAGCGCUCCGUAGGGCACGCCGCAGCCAGCUCUCCUCUGCCAAGCGCUGCCGUCUCCUUCCCUGCCAUGGGGCUUCCGCGUGCAGCAGCCUUGGGACACCUUGUGCUGUCCCCCUCUCCCCCCAUCGCCUGCAGGGAACGACGCUGUUCCUGCCCAGGCCCUGGGAGAGACGGAAAGUUCAGUGCUUCCUAACCAGGGAGGGAAGGUUUGUUCCUGCUUCUGCCUCUUUCCCUUGUUUUCCCCCCCCCCGUUUAUCUUCACCCCCGGCUGCAGUGACAGCGUCCCUGGAACAGCUUGCCAAUCUACUGUGCAGCCACGUUAGAUUUCAAAGCCAGCCCUUGCCUUGAGGUUCCCCUGUUGCUUGACAGGCAGUGCCAGCUCCCUGGCUCUCCUGCAACCACCGCCUCGCCCAGAAAAGCCAGUACACUUCUAACGCGGAUCUGGGGUGCUGGUGUCCCGCUUGGGGUGCUGGUUGCUUGACUUGAUCCCAGUGCCUGGCCUCGGGGGAGGUGGAAUGUCGCUGCAAGGCGUGUUCCUCCAGGCAUGUGUCCUGCCAGGGCAGGGGACCUCACUCGUUUCCCCACGGUUCAGCUGGGACCCCUGAAAAUAAGUUUUUUUUGGGUGGGGGGUGUUGCCUGGCUUGUGGGAUGUUGGUGGGAAGGCUGACAGCUCCCACCCGUGCGGCUGGUGUGGGGCGGAGUGGGAGCCGGACCCACGGGCUGCCCUUGCCUCCACCCCUGGGCACCAUAACACUGUAAAACCAGAGGCUUGUGGUUGGUAAGAGGUUUUUGGGUUGUACAUAACUAUUGUAACCUGUAACUUUUUGUAAUUGUUUUUAAUAAAAGGGUGUUGACUAGA